AUGACAGAUGUAACACUUAGCACUAACAAUAUAGAGCUAAACAUACAAUACUUCACAACUGCUCUAACGAAAAGCUACGAAGAGUCAUGCCCAGAAGUUACUCCCAAAGUUGCGAACAAAGAAUGCAUUGGAAUUACCAAAGCAGCACAGGCGGUAACAGCCAGAGACAUCCGAGGUCUAAACAUAAGAAUUAUCUCGGAUAGUGCAUCCGUACUGCAAGCGCUAAAAAGCAACACAAUAACAACGGCCCUUAUAUUGGAAUGCCAUGAAGCGCUCCAAGACAUUGCAGCUGUAAAUGGAGUUACCCUGCAAUGGAUCAAAGGGCACAGUAACUCUUUAGGCAACGACGCAGCGGAUGAACUGGCAAAAAGAGGUUCGGACACAACAGUAUUUGGCCCGGAACCAAUACUGCCGAUACCACAAGCACAGAUCAGGAACUGGCUGCGUUCCAAAACAGAAGAAAAACACCACACAGAAUGGAAAAAUAGCGAAGGAUGCAGGCAAACAAAAGAUGCGGUUCCGGACGUAUCGAAAAAGUUCUCCCGCAGCCUCAUCAGACUAAACAGGGACAGCAUCCGCAAGAACAACUUGGGGGUGCAAUCAAAAGAAAUUGAAAACGACGUCAAUUUUGGGAAACAUUGCAACGAUCUUGCAAUUUGUGAAAUGCUUAAAAUAGUUCUGGGGAUGGCCACCAACGAAUUUGGCGGACACGCUGCUCUCAGGGACAGCGAGCAACUUGAUUAA